AUGCCACAAUCCAGCACCCAGGCUAGCGAACCAUCAAGUGUGGACAAGGUGACUUCUCCCGCCGACGGCCUCCAGGCUAAGGUUGCAACUUCACCAACGACGACCCACUCUUCCCUCAACGCAUCUCUGUCGCCAGCCACACGGCUCAAGUUUCGUCUCCAAAACACAAAUGAGUUGGUCGUCUGUCCCGGUGUCUACGACGGCUUGUCCGCUCGUAUCGCCAUGUCUGUUGGCUUCCAAACUAUGUACAUGACGGGCGCAGGCUCAACAGCCUCGAAAUUAGGCAUGGCAGGCCUUGGCAUCGCCUCCCGCAACGACAUGGUCUCUAACGCCGACAUGAUUGCCAACCUCAACCCUCACCACCAUGAGCUCAUCGCAGACAUGGACACCGGAUAUGGCGUCCCACCCCUACCGCCUACUAAGUCCCCUGCCUCCCUCACAGGACCAAUCACAGUAACGCAGACCGUAUCCCAAUACAUCCGCGCCAACGUCGCCGCCUUCCACAUCGAAGACCAAGUGCUGACCAAACGCUGCGGCCACCUCGGCGGGAAACGCGUCGUCUCUAACGACGUCUACCUCUCCCGCAUCCGCGCCGCCCGCCACGCCAUCGACCAAGCCCAAUCGGACAUCCAGCUCAUCGCCCGCACCGACGCGAAUCAGCAACACGGCUACGACGAGUGCAUGGUGCGCUUGAAAGCGGCCAGAGACCUCGGCGCAGAUGUUGGGCUGUUGGAGGGGUUCAAGAGUAAGGAGGAAGCGAGACGGUGUGUGGAGGAGCUGAAACCAUGGCCGUUGCUUUUGAACAUCGUGGAGAAUGGACAUAGUCCGCUCAUCACGGUCGAGGAGGCGAGGGAAAUGGGGUUUAGAAUAAUGAUCUUUUCGUUUGCGGGUUUGGCACCGGCGUACAUGGCGAUGAAGGAGGCAUACGAGAAACUUCACGAGCACGGUAUUACGGGCAUUCAGGGGAGUGGAGUGGGACCAAAGACGUUGUUCGAGGUUUGUGGGCUGCAGGAAGCCGUGGAACUAGAUGAGGCUGCGGGAGGGGAAGAUUAUAAGAGCAAUGAUCUGCAGAAAAGUUGA